AGCGCAGACACGCAUGAUUGUCUUGCUGUUAAAGGAGCUUUCUAGGGGCAAGGGCCGGUGCGUAGAGCAGCCGUGCCUCACGAACCGAACUAGUCUUGCACGUCCCAUACGGAGCGCGCCAGCUUGACAGAUCCCCCCAUCAAUCUUGCUUGCCGGCCGCUCAUAUCGCUACCCUGGGUUGCGAGAGAUCUAGCAGAUCGACAAUGGGCGAUCUAGUUCCCAACUUGGCCCCGAAGUUUUCUGACCAAUUCGCCCAUCUCUCGGAUCCGGAGGUUGACAAGCUGGAACAAGACAAGAGCCCGAAACUUGACUCGUCAAGCAGCUCCCUAGAUGACGGCCGAAUAGGGCCAGAAACCGAGAUUCUGUGGCAUUAUUUGACCUUCGAGACGGAGUUACCACCGCCUGCGGAUGUGCGACAACUAACAGUACCAAGCUCCGAGCAGCCACGGCCCGAGGGCCCUAAUCUGGUGAAGUAUACGUCGCCAUUCCUGUGGUCCGAAACACGCAAGAGCCUCUUGACAUGGCUAUCUGUCGUCUGCACCACGUUCACAGCCUAUACGGCGGGGUCAUACGAGGCCGCCGUCCCACAGAUGACUGAGCUAUGGCAUGUUUCCGACGUCGCAGCGUCAGUCGGCAUCACGAUAUUCACUUGUGGAUUCGCCGUAGCACCGAUGGUUCUAGCACCGUUCAGUGAGAUCAAUGGUCGCCAGCCAAUGUUCGUGGUCACGGGCGUGCUCUUCGUCAUCUUCCAGAUCGUGUGCGCAGUGACACCAAGCUACGCAGGCAUGAUUGUCGCUCGCUUUCUAGUCGGCUGUGCUGGUAGCACCUUCUCAACGAUGGUUGGCGGCGUGGUCAGCGACAUAUAUCAUGCGGAAGACCGAAACACUGCAAUGGCGCUUUUCUCCGGAGCAGCAUUGCUUGGGACCGGACUGGGCCCGCUUGUAUCCGGCUUCAUUGCACAGCACACUACUUGGCGCUGGGUGUUCUACCUGCAGGUCGUUGUGGAUGGAGUGCUGAUGGUGUUCAUCGUUCUGUUCUUCCAGGAAACGCGUGGUUCAGUCUUGCUGUCGCGCAAGGCUAAGGCGGUCAACAAGUGGUACGAACAGUUGGAGAACGCAGGCUACUUUGGAGUCAUGAUGCCUGCUGGGCCUGGACUAGAGAAGAAGAUCGCACCACAACGGAUACGAUGGAAGGUCAAGUCGGACGAAGAGCGCGCCAGCCUCGGGAGGAUGAUCACCAUCAGCUUAUACCGGCCAUUCCAUCUUCUAUUGACCGAACCCGUGGUCUUCUUCUUCAGCCUCUGGAUCAGUUUCAGCUGGGCAGUACUGUACUUGCUGAUUGCCGCUAUACCGCUUGUGUUCCAAACCAACCAUGGCUUCAGCCUCGAGCAGGCCGAUGCCGUCUUCACCGCCGUUAGCGUGGCCGCGAUCAUUAGCACAGUCAUAAGCAUCUACCAAGAGAAGCUGGCAAGGCGGAUACUGAGUCCUGAGCGCUGUGUCGUCCUUGACAGCCCGGAAGGCCGCUUGUACUUCGCCUGCGUGCAGUCUGCGCUACUACCAAUCGGGUGCUUCUGGUUCGGCUGGACAUCCUUUCCAUCCAUACCAUGGAUCGUCCCUGCUUUGGCGACCGGGUGCGCCACAAUGGGCAUCUUCUCCAUCUAUCUGGCAGUCUUUAAUUACCUCGCUGAUACGUACCAUCGGUACGCAAGCUCAGCUCUGGCGGCGCAAAGCUUUUGCCGCAACAUGCUUGGCGGAGCCUUUCCAUUAUUUACAAGGCAGAUGUUUACCAAGCUGACCUACCAAGGUGCAGGCAGCUUCUUGGGCGGCUUUAGUGCACUAUUGACCGUUGUGCCGUGCGUGCUGUUUCUCUAUGGACCCAAAAUCAGAGCGCGAAGCAAGUUUGCCAGCGAGAUCAUGAAAGGUAGCAGCGGCGAAUAAUUCCGUAUAGACAUGUGCAUCGCGCUCAUAGCCGCAAACUCGGUCACAUUGUGUACUCUCGCUCCAGUACUUG